UAUGCUGUUAGGAUAAUUCUAUUGCUAAUUGGUGCUAGAUACAUGGUUUUCCGCGUGUCACCGCGUCAUUUGUAUCUAGGACUACUAGAGUUAGGUAUGAGAACCGUUGUCGCCAAAAUGUGGUUUGAGGAGUAUAUAUUUAAGGCAGUGCCUCCAUCACGAGAGAAACUUGGAAGUGUUGGAAUAUCUCUCCUCAUACCUCCAUAAAGCCUCCGUCAAUAUGGUUUCCGCAACUUCAGCUUCCGCCCCCCACCCCUUUGACCCCCUAUCUCUUGAUGAGAUCCAGGCGGCUAUUGGCAUUGUUAAGAAGGCACAUGGAGAUGUUUUCUUCAAUGUCGUCUCACUUCACGAGCCGCGCAAGGCGGAGAUGACAAAAUGGUUGGAAGAUCCAGCGAAUACCCCUCGACCCCUGAGAAUCGCAGACAUCGUCGUCAUCGCACCAGGCGGGAAGGUUUAUGACGGACUAGUGGAUCUCUCGACUGGCACGAUAACAAAAUGGGAGUUACUAGAUGGAUUACAACCUAUUAUUACUAUGGAAGAGCUGAAGAAUGUCGAAUACACAGUUCGAAAGGACCCCAAGGUCAUCGAACAAUGUGUGCUUAGUGGAAUUUCCAAGGACGAUAUGCACAAAGUCUACUGUGAUCCUUGGACAAUUGGUUUUGAUGAGAGGCACGGCAGCAAAAUCCGACUUCAGCAGGCUUUGAUGUACUAUCGACCUAACGUCGACGACUGCCAAUAUCAAUAUCCCCUAGACUUCUGCCCGAUAUACGACGCAGAGAAGCAGGAGGUUAUUGCCAUAGAUAUUCCAAAGGUCCGAAGACCAGUGAGCAAGGCUGAUCCAGUCAACUACCAUCCCGCCGCUAUUGAAAAGCUAGGAGGAUACCGCAAGGACCUGAAGCCCAUCAACAUCACCCAGCCCGAAGGCGUAUCAUUCACAAUGAAUGGCCGCGAGAUAUCGUGGCAGAACUGGAAGUUCCACAUCGGCUUUAACUACCGAGAGGGCAUUGUUCUCAAUGACAUCACCUACAACGACAAAGGAACUGUUCGCCCUAUCUUCUACCGACUCUCCCUGGCGGAGAUGGUAGUACCAUACGGAAACCCCGAGCAUCCUCACCAGAGGAAGCACGCCUUUGAUCUUGGAGAGUACGGUGCCGGAUACAUGACCAACAGUCUCUCACUGGGAUGCGACUGCAAGGGUUCCAUCCACUACUUAGACGCAGACUUCCCCACAAGAUCCGGUGAAAUCCGCACGAUCAAGAAUGCGAUAUGCAUCCACGAGGAAGAUGACGGCAUCCUAUUCAAGCACAGCGAUUUCCGAGACGAGUCCGUCAUCGUCACACGUGCGAGAAAACUCAUCAUCCAACAGAUCUUCACAGCCGCCAACUAUGAAUAUGCCAUCCAAUGGGUCUUCCAUCAAGACGGUACCAUCCAGCCAGAUAUCAGACUCACGGGUAUCCUAAACACAUACACCAUGGACCCUGAGGAGGACACGAAGGGCUGGGGAACCCAGGUAUACCCCGGUGUCAACGCGCACAACCACCAACAUCUGUUCUGCCUCCGAGUAGACGCCAACAUCGACGGACCCAACAACACUGUCUUCAUGGCCGACGCAGUCCCGUCCGACGCCCCCGUCGGCAGCCCAGAGAACUUCUACGGCAACGCGUUCUACGCGAAGCGAACGAAGCUCGACACGACCGGCAAGUCGAAGACAGACUACAACGGCGCCACGAGCCGCACGUGGGAUAUCUGCAACACGAGCAAGCUGCACCCCUACAGCAAGAAGCCAGUGAGCUACAAGCUCGUCAGCCGAGAGGCGCCUCCGCUACUACCGAAGGAAGGCUCUCUAGUCUGGAAGCGAGCCGGCUUCGCGCGCCACGCCGUGCACGUCACGAAGUACCGCGACGACCAACUCUGGCCCGCAGGCCGGCACGUCCCCCAAACCUCAGGCGAGCCCUCGCUCGGGCUGCCCGAAUGGAUCGGGGACGGCACCGAAUCCAUCGACGACACGAACGUGGUCCUCUGGCACACCUUCGGGGUAACGCACAUCCCCGCGCCCGAGGACUUCCCCGUGAUGCCCGCGGAGCCGAUAACCCUGCUCCUUCGCCCGCGUAAUUUCUUCACUAACAACCCCGUCAUGGACGUCCCGCCCUCGUACGCUAGCACGCCGAGCCAGGUCGCGGCGGCGGGCGCGGGGGUUACUGAUGCUACGGAUAAGAUGAGUAAGCUUGCGUUUGCGAAUGGGGUGAAUGGUGGGAGUGCGAGUUGUUGUGCGACGAAUGGCGCGAAUGGGGUUAAUGGCCAUUAAGGGGUUGAUGGGAUGGGAAGGAAGGAAG